GCAAAGCCACCUAAGAGUCUGCCCGCCGAGGCUUGUCAUUUCUGCUUCACCAGCCAUGAGUGAGUCCUCGCCACACUAGCACCACCAUCCCCCAUCCCGCUCCCAUCACCACAUUCGGCUCUCUUUGUCUAUCCACCCACGAAACCCUCUUUCCAAGCAUUCUGUGGCUCUGGGCAGCCACGCACUGCCAGGCGCAGCACUCUUGUCAUCAAAUAAUAUAAGGAAGCAGUUUCACCACCACGGUCGCCAUCCUAGCGGCACCCGGACUCCAAGUAUGCCAUUUCCUCCAAACGGCACUGCCGAUGAAAACACGCCUCUUGUCUCGCACUCGAACGACUACGAGUCGCGCUGGUCCAGCUGGCCUAAAUACCUUGCCACGACUACCUGGAAGACGCUCGCCAGCAACUAUGUCAAUGUCUUCCUUGUCUUCGUGCCCGCAGGUAUCAUCUGCGGUGCGCUGCAUAUCAAUCCAACGGUGGUCUUCGUACUCAACUUCAUUGCGAUCAUUCCCCUCGCGGCACUACUAAGCUUCGCUACGGAAGAGCUUAGCGCGAAGCUAGGACAGACUCUGGGUGGACUCAUGAAUGCGACAUUUGGAAAUGCUGUAGAAUUGAUUGUAUCAAUUGUGGCGCUCCGUGAAGGCGAGAUCAGGAUUGUUCAGUCUAGCAUGCUUGGUAGCAUUUUGUCGAACAUCCUCUUGGUACUAGGCUGCUGCUUCCUCGCUGGUGGACUCCGCUACAGAGAGUCGACUUUCAAUGGCACAGUAGCGAGCACCAUGUCCUCGCUCAUGGCCGUAGCCAGCGCCUCGCUCAUAAUACCAGCUACCCUGUACGCAGCUCUACGCUCCUCGAAGGAUGAAACCGAGAAGAAUAUCUUGAUGCUGUCCCACGGCACCGCUAUUAUCCUGCUCAUUCUCUAUAUCCUAUACCUCUACUUCCAACUCUUCAGCCACGCGGAUCUCUUCGAUGUGGAAGCGCAGGACGGCGAUGACGCUGAGGGCCACAAAGACGGCGAAGUUCUUUCCCCUAUCGCGGCCGCCGUUGCUCUCGUUCUUGUUACUGUCCUCGUCGCCGUUUGCGCCGAAUACCUUGUCGACAGCAUCGACUCCCUUGUCCAAACUGCGCACAUCUCCAAGACCUUCAUCGGUCUCGUACUCCUCCCAAUCGUCGGCAACGCCGCUGAGCAUGUCACGGCCGUCGUUGUCGCAUACAAGGGCAAGAUGGACCUGGCGAUCAACGUUGCUAUCGGCUCGUCCCUCCAAAUCGCCCUCUUUGUCACCCCAUUCCUAGUCGUUCUUGGCUGGAUCAUUGGCCAGCCUAUGACGCUGCACUUCCAGGGCUUCGAGACGGUUGUGCUUUUCAUUUCAGUUCUGGUAGUCAACUACCUCAUCCAGGACGGGAAGAGCAACUACCUGGAGGGUGCGAUGUGUAUUGGAACAUACACCAUCAUCGCGCUCGCGUUCUACGUCUACCCCGACGACGCGAACGGCAACCUCGGAAGCAACUUCAUUGCAAAGUUCUUCGGAACCAAAUAAGAACCCCCACAUCCUAGGCUUCCAGCCCUAAUUCUCCUUUUCUGUGUUUCCUUUGUGGUAUAUACCUUGUCUCUUCUAUCAGAAUGUGUGGGCCCGGCGUGCCCGUUGUAUUUAUACAUCAUAUCAUGGCUAGUUCUUCUGGAAACGCGGGUAUCGGUGUUUUCUUUGGUUAGGUGGGCUCUUGGGGUCGAAAAGUAUGUAAAUAUCACCGGGUCUGUAGGUGGCUUGUAUAACUCUUAGGGG